AUGGCCGUCGCCGCGGCUUCCGCUCCUUUAGAUCUUGCUGCCCCUCACGGCUCUAAUCAAACCUAUCCCGGCGAAAAUAAGGGUUCAGUCUCUUAUUCUAUCAAAGAGAUUGCCUCGGGUCACCAGAUUAUCAAUGGAAAGAACGAAAAUCUUCUCAUUGUGUCUCCUUAUGAGGAAGAACCCCAUCUACUGGACCUCCGUACCCUCGAUUCUGCAAACCAAAUUCUUGCCCAGGCCCUCACCGGACUCAAGUGCUUGAGAAGCGACUACGCUACGGCACCUUACGUUGAAAUUUUCAACUGGACCGAGGUCAUUGAAUCUGUCCGACAGCAGGUCGCCACAUCAGACUUCGACUGGAAGGAGAACUCAUUCUACAUUGUCGUCUUCCGCUCUCAGAUUCCACCCACGACAGUCUAUGCUGAUCUCGGCGUCCUUGACAAAGCUGCGCAUGCAGAAGCAACAAAGAGCGGCGGAUUUCUCAAGUAUUGGUUCGGAUCACCUGAUGCUAGUGGAAGAAACCUAGCUACCUGCGUCUGGCGCAACUUGCACGAUGCUCGGGUUGGAAGUGUCGGAGAGGCACACCGAAAGGCAGGUGGAGCCGCACGACAGCUUUAUACAGAGUGGAAAAUAGAGCGCCUGAGACUGCUGAUCAAGGACGAUGCUAAGGAAUGGGAAAUCAGCCAGUGGGUUGAUUGA